UGCUGUCCACAGCAAGCAGACCACCCACUCCUCUUCCCUCUAUUCCUUCCUUCUCCUCCAUUAUGCUGUUUGAUACUUUGCUGAGAUUUGGCACGCACAAGUUUGUUGUUGUUUGGUAGGCCAUAGCUUAUUGUUAGUAUAAAGUUCCGUUCCUUUUUGUUUUAUGUCUUAAACUUUGUAGCUUCUGUUAUUUCAUCUUAUUGAGAUAAUUUUCACGGGUUUGAAUCUGGUUAAUUCUGGAAAAUCCAAACAGUUUUGAGGUGGGUCUUCACUCAAGUAUUCAGGUUUAACACAAUGGGUAACUGAAAAGGCCUCGGUUGAGAUGAAUUUAUUGAAGAGCUUAGCGCCCAGCAAAUUUGGCUGUAGAAGUACUGCUACCUGCAGGGCAUGCUUUUCUUUUUUCCAUUCAUCUGCUGAUGCAUCAGUGGAAGUUCAUUCCCAAGAGCAGGAAGUGGUAAUUGCUUUGGGAAGCAAUGUGGGUGAUAGACUUCAGAAUUUUGAUGAAGCUUUACAGGCAAUGAAAAAAUCAGGAGUACAGAUAACGAGGCAUGCUUGCUUAUAUGAAACUGAGCCUGCUUACGUGACCGAUCAACCUCAAUUUCUCAACUCUGCUGUUAGAGGCAUUACAAAACUUGGACCUCAUGAGUUGUUGGGAGUGCUUAAGAAAAUUGAGAAGGAUAUGGGCCGUACUGAUGGGAUUAGGUAUGGUCCUAGGCUGAUUGAUUUGGAUAUAUUGUUCUAUGGAAGAUUCAAGGUUCAUUCUGAUAUUCUUACUGUUCCACAUGAAAGGAUUUGGGAAAGACCAUUUGUGAUGGCCCCUUUGAUGGAUUUGUUGGGAACAGAUAUAGAUAGUGAUACGGUUCCAUACUGGCAUUCAUUUGCAAACCAUCCUGGUGGGCUUUUUGAGUCAUGGAAGAAUCUUGGUGGUGAAUCUCUUAUUGGGAAAGAUGGGAUGAAAAGGGUUUUGCCAAUUGGAAAUCAGUUGUGGGACUGGUCCAAGAGAACUUCUGUUAUGGGUAUUCUUAAUUUGACUCCAGAUAGUUUUAGUGAUGGAGGAAACUACCCAUCUGUUGAGGCUGCAGUUUCUCAGGUUCGUUUGAUGGUGGCAGAGGGGGUGGAUAUAAUUGAUUUUGGUGCACAAUCUACACGUCCAAUGGCUUCUAGGAUUUCGCCUGAGGAAGAGUUGGAUAGAUUGCUCCCUGUGCUUGAAGCUGUUAGACAAAUGCCGGAGGUGGAAGGCAAGCUUUUGUCUGUGGAUACGUUUUAUUCACAGGUUGCUUCAGAAGCAGUGGAUAAGGGGGCUCACAUGGUGAACGAUGUAUCUGGUGGACAGUUGGACCCCGGCAUGCAUAAUGUUGUUGCUGCCCUCAAAGUUCCCUAUGUGGCAAUGCACAUGAGAGGCGAUCCAUCUACAAUGCAGAAUAGUGGAAAUUUGCAAUACAGUGAUGUCUGUAAAGAGGUUGCAUCAGAGCUAUAUACUCGAGUUAGAGAUGCUGAGUUAUCAGGUAUUCCUUCUUGGAGGAUCAUUAUUGACCCUGGAAUUGGGUUCUCCAAGAAGACUGAACAUAAUCUGGACAUUCUCACAGGUUUGCCAACUAUUCGAAGUGAGAUUGCUAAAAUAAGCCUAGCUGUAUCACAUGUUCCAAUGCUGAUUGGACCAUCUAGGAAGAGAUUCUUGGGCGAAAUCUGUGCUCAUUCUACUGCAGCGGAUAGAGAUCCAGCUACUGUUGCCUCUGUGACUACUGGAAUCUUAGGUGGUGCUAAUAUUGUGAGAGUUCAUAAUGUAAAAGAUAAUUUAGACGCUGCCAAGCUCUGUGAUGCAAUUCUGCUGAGGAGAAGGUAGAUUUGUUUCAAAUAUUUGGAUUUGCAGGUACUUCAUUUCUUGCUCUCGAGGAAGUUAUCUCAAGUUUUCCUCUUUUCACCGGAGUUCAGUUGUAAAGAGCUUCCAUGGUAUAAACUUGAUCUUCGCAGAUUCAGGCAUACUUAAAAUUUCUUCAUUCAGUUAGGUGCUGAUUUAAGAAUUACACAGAGUUCCUUCUGUAGCUGAUUUCGUUUCUUAGAUUGCUUCUAGUCGCCAUUAUCUGCCUAUUUUCUAUGUAUAGUACAGAUGAAAAUUUUGUCCGCUCUCACGAUAUUUUUCUCCUGUGGUUAAAUUGAUCACAAAGUUACGCAUUUGGUCCUUAAACAA